UACCAGCAGACAUGCCGUAAAAAAAUAGUCUUGUACCCAGGCGUGCAUAUACGUUUCUCUGUGGUUUGUAAUGUGACUACAGUGGAAAUCUUUACAUGGUCUCAUACUGAUGCUAAAUGUAAUUAGCGGUGUGUCGGUAGAUUUUCUUUCGCGUUUACUGCCCGAGCUCUCAACAUGGGUGAAGAACACAAGCCAACUUUUAUGGAAAAUGUCGCCACAAACUGGGCGGCUUUCCGGUUAUUUCUGUGGAAUUCGGAGAAGAAGGAGUUUCUCGGCAGAAAUGGGAAGAGUUGGGCUGAGAUCGGCCUAUUCUACCUGAUCUACUACAUCUUCCUAGCUGGCUUCUGGGGUCUUAUGCUCUUCAUUUUCCUACAAACCGUCAGCCCGGACCAUCCAUCAUAUAACUCCUACGUUGGCCGGCCUGGCUUGAGUGUGACCCCAAUCUCUGAGGAUAGUCUCAUCAAAUACUCGGCAGCCAACGACAAUGACUACGCCAAAUACGUCGACGAACUACAGGCGAUCUGGGAUUCUCUGGACCCAGCCAAUCAGACGGAGGGAUAUGUGGACUGCACGAAUGAAACAGCGCCCCCAGAGGGCUCCUUCUGUCAAUUCGAUCGUACUACCCUGGGGGAAUUCUGCAUACCGCCAGACUUUGGUUACAACCAACGGAAACCUUGCGUGUUUAUCGCUCUGAACAGGGUUGUAGACUGGGCUCCUGAGGAUUAUGAGGCAGGCGAGAUACCUGAGGAGGUUGCUGAUUCCUACAAGCCUGGCAACAUUGCCAUCAAGUGUGGAUCCUACAAAAACAAGAAGCCCGAGCAGCUCGGCCCAGACACCCGCAUCUAUCCCUACUACGGAAUCCCCAACCACUACUUCCCCUUCCCGGGCAAUACCAACGUCAGCAAACGGGCCGGCUACAUCAAACCGUACAUUGCUGUACGGUUUGACCUUGCGGCCCGUGAGGAAGAGAUUAAGGUGCAGUGUAAGACCUACACAGGAAACAUUGCUCCGCUGACCGGCAUGUAUGACACCAAGUAUGAGUCUGAGAUUGCUUUCUCCUUUCAUCUGACUAAGGAGCCGGCCCACUUGGAGCUGUAGAUGCAAGGGUGCCUUUAUAAGGAGGUGAUAAGUUGGGUUGGGAGAAAAUAACAAAUACCAUCAGGAAAAUUUUGCAGAUCAAUUUUUCGAAGCUGCUGUGCAGAGAAUAUUGCUAAUUAACUUUAUGUUUAUGAAAUUUGUAAAAAUGCCAAAUUCGUAGAAAAGUCAUGGAAUUUUGUGAGGGCCAAUUUAUGUUAAAUUUUAAACUUUGUAUAUUCAUAAUUUAGCAUCGGAAAUCUGAUUUUUAUAACUGACAAAAUGCGACAAAUUUCACCGAUACUUAAGCGUUUUGAUUUUAUUUUUUGUUGCCCUGUGAUAUCCCCAUUAAGAAUGUUUACAGUUGUGAUCUGCAUUUUGAUGAACUAGGUCAUGGAUUUUCCUAAUUUGGUCGUGGAAAAGUCAUGAUAUUUUAGUGUCCUAAAGGUGCGUGAACCCUGAAAAAAUCAGUUGGGGACCAGUGUAAGCAUAUAUAAUAAUUU